AAAUAGAAAAUUUUUGUUUUUUUACCAUUACUUUUGUUAUAAAAUUAAUAUAAAUUACUAGUAAAUGAUUAAACUGCAUAACAGAGAUUUAAGCCACUAAAUAGAAAAUGUGUAUCCGUUGAAUUAAGCCCAACAAACUAUGAUGGAAACUUUAGCAUUAAGCUCCACAGACAACCAAAACAAUCAAACGCUCCACGUAGCAGCAGCUGGAGUUCUAGACAGCCACCAUCAUUCGCCGGUAGAAGAGGAGCAAAUGAUGAAUCUCAGUGAUAUGACAGAUUUGUCACAGGAAAUACAAGAAGACAUGGUGGUGACCAUGCCAGUGGCCAAAGAAAUUUUAUUGAUUUCAUUGGUCUCCCAAGAGCAGGCCCUUUACAAUCCUAAACAUGAAAACUAUAGAAAUACACACAGAAAAGAUAUGAAAUGGUUGGAAAUCUCGGAACAAUUAGGCUGGACAGAAUUACAAUGCAAGGCAAAAUGGAAGGCCAUGAGAGAUCAGUAUUGUCGUGAGUUGAAAAGAUCAAAAUUUAAUAACAAGGUCAAUGUGAAGUGGAAAUAUUUCAAGGAAUUAGAUUUUCUAAGGCCGUACGCAUUGUCCAGAAACUAUCGUCCCCGUCUUCCACCUGCCAUUAAUACCAAUAAUACUAACAACAAUAAUUCCUUUACUUGCUCUCCUGUGGCCACCACUACCAAUGGUAUUAACAAUGUGGUAACAGAUGACAACAAUUCAACACCUAAAUUUACUACCAUUAAAAUCGAGGGCAGUACCACUAUAAAUUUCGCUACUUGUGACUUCUCAUCAAACAAAUCGGAUACAUCCAAUAACCUAACAGAGGAACAACUUUCUUCGGUGUUACAGCAACAAACAGAUGAACAUAAUUGGACUUAUAUCACGGGCUCCAAUAACUCCUCCAACAAUAAUACACGUCUGGACAAUCACUCUCUGAGUGAUACACAACAUUUACUCACCACCGCCCAUCAUCAUCAUAAUCCCGAUAACCAGCAGCAUCAUCAACAGCAGACUGCAGAUGAAACCCUGUACAAUGUAUUGGUAGAUUGUAUGGGACAAAUACAAGAGCAACAACAGCAGCAGCAUCAACACCAGCAACAGGAACAAUUGUGCCAACAGCAAACGACACCAAAUAACGAGGACGAAGAUGAUGAUCCUAUUCACACGUUUCUAAAUAUUGAAAGCUAUUUCGAAAAAGAACUAAUUGGCUUGAUACGCAAUGUGGAUAUGCUGUACAACAGUUUCAAUCCCAAUUAUCGCAAUGUCAAACUUAAAAUUGAGGCCUGGGAUGAAAUUGCUCGCAAAUUGAAAAAGACCGUUAAACAGUGUCGUCUCAAGUGGAAGGCUUUAAGGGAUCAAUUUAUAAGGGAACAUAAACGUUUGAAGAAUCGUGAGAACAGUGAAAUGUUGCCGCGAUGGAAGCACUAUGAUGCCUUGAGCUUUUUGCAAAAGUUUAUAAAACAUAAAGGAAAUGAUUUUGAUGCCACCAAAAACCUUUUGCAAAUGUCCAAAACUAAACUCGAUGGCGAUAUGGAUGAUGGCAGCAGUUCACCGCUACAACAAAUGUCGGCGGUCAGCGAUGACCAGGGUAUGCAGCAACAAAACGAUCAUGGCGAUAAUUUGUGUGUUAGCACGGGCAGUGUGGGCGGUUACGAUGACAUGGACAUUGACAAUUAUAUUAUUGGUGAUAGUGGCAGUGUGGUAGACGAACACAAUGAUGGCGAAGACAAUGAGCAAGAUACCGACGAUCGUAAAUCUCAACAGGAGUUCUCAGUGUUUAGCAAUCAUAAUACCAACAUAAGCAUGGGAUCCACAGCCAUGGAGCCAACAGUACAGGCAUUUAAAGAAGAGCACCCACAGCUGCAGCAACAGCAUCAUCAAGAGCCGUCCCAGCAGCAACAUAUCAGUAUGCCCUCUUUGGAUAUAAAUGAUAAUGCGCCAAAUAAUUUAUUAAAUCCCAACAAUUUGUCCAACAACCAUCCAGUAGCCACUAAUAAUAAUAAUUCCUAUCAACAUCAAAACCCCUUAAACACUAGCAACAACAACAGCAAUAUCACUUUGGCCUCCGCGGUAACAACGUUGGAUAUUUGCUCGGGCUCUGUACAGCUGUCAGCGCCACCGAAACCACCACCCUUACACCAGCUGCCCACAACAUCAGAAGCCUCCACCAAUACCCAACCUUUGCAGGACAAUAAUAACUUCUCCAAUACCAUUAGCCAUCAUACGAAUGCCGUUACACAGGAGGAUGAUGAGGUGGGAGCAUUUUUCAAAGCUGUUGCCAUGAAAAUACGUAAUGCUAACUUAUCGCAAGUGGCCUUAACUGAUUUGGAAAUUGAUAUAUUACGUGUGAUAAACACCUCUUUGCGUAAUCAUUAAUUUAUUUCCUUUAAGUUAUACAGGUAUGUUCUGUAAUCCACGUGAUUUCAAAUCACAUGCCGUUUUAAAAUCACACGUGUGAUUUGUGCCUGUUCUGUAAAUCACACCGUUAAUGAAUUUUUCGGUGUGAUUUGAAAUUUUCGAAAGCACAAGAAAACAGCUGAUUCGUUUAUUUUAAAUGUUUUGUUUUGCAAAUAAUUUUGUAGAAAUAUUAAAGUGAAAAUAAAAAAAUGCCUGGAGCUUCUGUUAUAUCUU